AUGCUAUUGGAAGAUGUCUUGACCCAAAGAGCUGGGAUCAGAGCAUAUUUGGAUACCCUGGUGCAAGCUCAUAGAAGGUAUUUGUUCGAUGUACAAGAUCCAGAAAUGCUGGACAAAUUGCGUAAAGACAUCUACAUCUGUCUCAAUGACAUUUGUAAACUCAAUUUUAUGCUUACCUCUGGUGACGGCGGUGGUAGUGUGAAGCAGGAGAUCGACCGUCUGGCGAAGUUUGCUCGAAAACUCGAGAAAUUGGACCAACAGGCGAAGUUGGUAAAGGAUACGUUAGCGCAAUGGGACGCUAUUGCAGAGACACAAAGUCAGCCUUCUUUGGAAAAUGAGUCUUCAAAUGAGGUUUACACCUUCACAACGCACUACCGUCAAUUCUUGAAUCAAUAUCUCGAUCGGGUCGGGAUAUCAAACACUUCCGUCACCGACGCCAGUCACCACUACCAAGUGGGCUCCAACCUGGUUGCAGACCGUGAUUUUGACAGCACUUCUACAAUGCAAAACAUCGCAUUCCUACGAUCUGGACAUGACCACGUUCAACAUGAAAUACACCAGCUGGAAUCUCUACUGGCGACUCUCAAAAAGGACAGCACCUUUAUCCAACAGGAAUUACUGAACCGACAGAAUGAAGUGGAAAGUGCGAAAGUAGACCUUAGUAACGAUCUUGAAGCCAUUCAGCGUUCACAAGAAAAGGUUUUGGCUAAAUUGAAUAUUGCUGACGAGAGUGAACCUCCAUUAUUGUCUCGCUUCGGCAAAACGGAAUCUAGAGAUCCAUCUCGUCAAUUACAAGAUCGACUAAACUAUGCGAAGGAUUACGUGAAAGCUCGCCAAGAGAUUUUAAAUGCAGAUUUGAAAAUGUUCAAAGAUGACUUACGUUUCGCUGAGUCUACGCGAAAUUUGUGGGAUGAGUCAUUGAGUAGGAUAAGCUCCUUGGAAAAGCUACUCAAAGCCAUGUUGGUAGAAAACCCAAACACAUCACCUCAGAGGCUAUCGGAAGAGAUAUCGAACGUCAUUAUCCAGCUCCGAGAAACCAACAUCUCGACAGAUUCAGAAGUUCUCAACGUAUGCCUUGGAAACGAGAUUGAAAUCCUAAAACGCGCUAACGAUGAACUUAAUGCAGACACCCCAAAUGGUUUCCCAAAGCGGCACAAAGACUUGAAAGAAAGUCUUACCUUUGCUGGAACGUCUCCUCCCAAGAUUGGGAUCAAUAAAGAAAAUGUGACUUACUCCUCGCGGUCUGCACUCUUAUCGAAAACAUCGCAUGCGAACAUCGAAAAGUUUCAGAAAAAAAAGUGA